GGGAGGAGCGUGUGGGUGUGGUUUAUGGUGAAGAUGGGCGGGGCCUGGUGGAGGGAGCAGGCCCACGGGUGGAAAUGGGAGGAGCUUAAGCAAAGGGGUGGGGUUGAUAAAGGGGCGUGGCUCAAAACGGUAGAAGGACCCGAGUUUGAAGGGUCCUAAUCAGUGCUGAGUGGGGAAAUGGGGCUCAGCGUGAAGGUGGGAGGAGCUUAGACUAGAAGGGGUGGAGUUUGUACCGGGGUGUGGCUUACAGAAACUGGUGGGCAUAGUGAGGGGUGGGGUUUGGGCGUGUGAUCUGGGAAGUCUUCGUGGAAAUAGCAACUCUUUAUAAUGCAGGUGAAAUGACUUCGGAGGCCUGGAACGAGACUCCGAAGGGCUGAGAAUGUGGGAAGCGUUGGGUAGACUGGGUCUUGGAAAGGACAGGGCUGACUUCAAGGCUGGGUUUGAAGACAAAUUAAGUGGGGUUUGGAGGCAGAUCUUAGUGGAGAAGAGACGUAGGACUUAAAGAGAGCACUCAGAGGAACUUAGUAGAUAGUAGUAACCGCCACAGGUGAGCUAGGUCCUUCUAUUAUCCGUAUUUUGCAAGUGAAGAGUUUCAGUUGGUUUUAUCCGAGGUUCCAGGACUUUCAUCUUCAAAGAAGCGUGGGAGCAGCUUCCAGUGGGGUUGGAGGGGCUUGUCAAGGAAUAAAAGAGGCUCCUGGAACAGUGUUGAGGGACUUUGGAAAGAGUAGGCGGGGCUUAGAGGAGCAGGAGUCUGUUCACAAAGGGGGUGAGACAAAACACUGGGGUAGAGGCGACUGGGUGUGAGUAGGCAGAUUGGCAGAUAAGUGGGAGAAGGGUUUGUAGGGGAAUGGACUUAAAGACAGUGGGCGCGGUCCUGGGGAGUGGCUUUAAAGAGUAGCGGUCAGAGCUCCCGGGGGAUACGUGGUGGGUCUAUGAGUCCCAAGAGCCUGAUGGGGGAGGACUAAGGGGAGGUGACUCCCUCACCUUCCCUCACUGUCUCCCCUGCUCCAGAGAGCCCCCACCCACAACUGCCCUCACGCCACGCCACCAUGGAUGACGCCCCACUGCCAGCGCCCCCUGUCCCUGCCCCGGCCCCGACCCCGGCCCCGGCCCCAGCACCGCCCGCCGCCGCCCCCCGCGUCCCGUUUCACUGCAGUGAGUGUGGCAAGAGCUUCCGCUACCGCUCGGACCUGCGGCGCCACUUCGCGCGUCACACUGCUCUCAAGCCCCACGCGUGUCCGCGCUGUGGCAAGGGCUUCAAGCACAGCUUCAACCUGGCCAACCACCUGCGCUCGCACACGGGUGAGCGGCCCUACCGCUGCUCCGCCUGCCCCAAGGGGUUCCGAGACUCCACUGGCCUGUUGCACCACCAGGUCGUCCACACUGGUGAGAAGCCCUACUGCUGCCUGGUCUGCGAGCUCCGCUUUUCCUCGCGCUCCAGCCUGGGCCGCCACCUCAAGCGCCAGCACCGCGGCGUUCUCCCGUCCCCUCUGCAGCCCGGCCCUGGCCUGCCAGCCCUGAGCGCGCCCUGCUCUGUCUGCUGCAACGUGGGGCCCUGCUCGGUGUGUGGGGGCGCAGGUGCUGGCAGUGGAGAGGGCCCGGAGGGGGCGGGCCCGGGCAGCUGGGGGCUGGCGGAGGCCGCUGCUGCUGCAGCAGCCUCGCUGCCCCCAUUCGCAUGUGGUGCCUGCGCUCGGCGCUUCGACCAUGGCCGCGAGCUGGCGGCCCACUGGGCCGCGCACACUGAUGUAAAGCCCUUUAAGUGCCCGCGCUGCGAGCGCGACUUCAAUGCCCCCGCGCUGCUGGAGCGGCACAAGCUGACCCACGACCUGCAGGGCCCGGGCGCACCCCCAGCGCAGGCCUGGGCCGCGGGGGCAAGUGCUGGGCCUGAGACCCCGGGAGAGGGUGGUGCUGCGGAGGCGGGUGACGCCAGGCCGGCCUGGGACGGCGGGCUGCUCCUGGGCCGCGUUGGGGGCGGUGUUCCCGAGCUGGGAGGAUUGCUCCCCGAGGGCGGCGGGGAGGCCCCUGCGCCUGCGGCCGCAGCGGAGCCAUCGGAAGACACUCUGUACCAGUGCGACUGCGGGACCUUCUUCGCUUCGGCGGCGGCGCUGGCCAGCCACCUGGAGGCGCACUCGGGGCCGGCCACCUACGGCUGCGGCCACUGUGGGGCGCUGUACGCGGCCCUGGCAGCUCUGGAGGAGCACAGGCGAGCCAGCCACGGGGAGGGUGGCGGGGCGGAGGCGUCCACAGCAGCCCCCGAGGGGGAGCCCGCAUCCGGGGAGCCCGCGUCGAGCUCGGGCCGCGGCAAGAAGAUCUUUGGCUGCUCCGAGUGCGAGAAGCUGUUCCGCUCCCCGCGGGACCUGGAGAGGCACGUGCUGGUGCACACGGGCGAGAAGCCCUUCCCGUGCCUCGAGUGCGGCAAGUUCUUCCGCCACGAGUGCUACCUCAAGCGCCACCGGCUGCUGCACGGCACCGAGCGGCCCUUCCCCUGCCACAUCUGUGGCAAGGGCUUCAUCACGCUCAGCAACCUCUCCAGGCACCUGAAGCUGCACCGGGGCAUGGACUGACCGUGCGGCCACCCGGCCCGGGGCUGGACUCAUGGUCACGGCGCCGGGGGAACCGCCAAAAUCCACACGCGGGCCCUGAGAUGAGGGACCCUGAGGCUGGAGAGAUGGGACUCAGAGCCCCCAGGGGACAGCCCAAAUCCAGGCUCAGACCCUGAGUUGAGGGGACCCUGGCUGGAGAGGUGGGGCCACCAGAAACCUACAUUGGCCCCUGAGCUGGGGGACAGCGAAUACACCGAGCGACUCCUCAGCUGGGGGUCCCGGAUCUAUGAAGACUCCUGAGCUUGAGGCCUCCCUGGAAUCUGUGCCGGGCGCCCUCUAAUCAACGGGCCCCUAGGCUGGGGGACCUAGGGACGAGACAUGGUCUCCACAGGUACUUCUCACAUUCAGGGCCCUCGUGAAAGACGGGCGCCCUCCCCCAAGGGGAGUCUGCAUCUCCCUGAGAGCCAUCAUUCCCAAGGACCUUGACCUGGAGAAUGUGGGGCGGCCAUGUCCCUAAAUUUCCCCGGGUCCCCUCCAAAUGCGACCCACCAGAGUCACUGGUGCCCUUAGGUAACGGAUAGAGCCGGAAUCUGCCUUUCCCCCACCUCAUUCCCGAUGCUGAGAGGGGACCAGGGUAGAGCCCCCCGCCCUCAACCCACUCCCCAAGUCGGCCUCCCUCCCCUACUGCGGAAUGGAUCAACCCUAUCGACCUCCCCGUCCCCAAGCACUAGAAUAGGCUGGUUGGAAACCCCCUGCCCAGUAGGAUGGACUGACCCGGACACACACCCUCCUGCCCAGUGGAAAAGGCUGGGCCGGCGGUGGCCUGCCCCACACCCUCCUUGCGGUGGACCGGCAGACACACCGCGCCUUCCCCGCCCUGUGGCCCCACCUGAGUGGGAGCUGGUGGGCCCUGGAGUCUCCCUCCUGCUCUGCUGUAGAACCUGUCGGUCUUUCCAUUCCUGUCAGUCUGUCUGUCUCUGUGUCCCUCCCAACACCAAGGGAAAGGAGGGUUGGCCAGGGGGUCCUCCCCAUGAGCCUCGACCUCACCCUCCCUUCCCAGUCCCCAAUGUCUCCAGGACCCCAAUAAACC